UGGGCAUGCCGGCUUCCUCCGCAGAAGCAAAAACCUGCACGGAGGCCAUAGGUAAGGAGCUAAAACAAACACGGCAUUACUUUGUCAAAUCAUGUCGGAGUUCGUUAAUUUUUAUUUCAUUCGACUCAGUUCGACGAGCUCUUUCGAAUGAGAUAACAUUUGUUUAUUCGAAUUUUUUAUCCAUAAUUUGCCCCUGCAUUUCUUUUAUUUUUAUAGACCUUUGUCUCGGUUCGAUCAAAUCAGAUUUAGUUGAUCUUAGUGUCAUUCGACUCAGCAUGAGCAGCUUUUCGAAUGAGCUAACAAUCAAAAAAUCGAAUUUUUUACCCCAAAAUUGAGCUUACUCUACCCUAUGUUUUUCGAUCUACUGGACCUAUUUCUCGGUCAACGGGGAUUUCCUGUAAAA